AUGUCUUCUUCCAUCGAUAUCAGCAAAAUCAACUCUUGGAAUAAAGAUUUCCAGUCUGAUUUGAGCCAUCAAUUGGCUACUACCGUUCUCAAGAACUGUAAUGCCGAUGAUGUGUUGCUGAACAAAACUAGACUUCAAAAACAAGACACCAGAGUCUUUAACACUGUUGUCUCCACUGAUUCUACCCCAGUUACCAACCAAAGAAGCUCUGGGAGAUGUUGGCUGUUUGCUGCUACCAAUCAGUUACGUUUGAACGUCCUUUCUGAAUUAAACUUGAAAGAAUUCGAACUAUCCCAGGCUUACUUGUUUUUUUACGAUAAACUGGAGAAGGCCAACUAUUUCCUGGACCAGAUCGUCUCCUCUGCUGAUCAGGAUGUUGAUUCACGUCUAGUGCAAUAUUUGUUGACGUCUCCAACCGAAGAUGGUGGCCAGUAUAGCAUGUUUUUGAACUUGGUCAAGAAGUACGGCCUUAUCCCCAAGGACUUAUACGGGGAUUUGCCCUAUUCUACUACUGCUUCCAGAAAAUGGAACUCUUUGUUGACUACUAAGUUAAGAGAAUUUGCUGAAACUCUAAGAACAGCCUUGAAGGAGUGUUCUGCAGACGAUCCCAAAAUUAUCGCUAUGAGAGAGCAAAUGCAAAGAGAAAUCUUUAGAUUGAUGUCGUUGUUCAUGGACUUACCACCAGUGCAUCCCAACGAACAAUUCACGUGGGAAUAUGUCGACAAAGACAAGAAAAUUCACACUAUCAAAUCGACUCCAUUGGAGUUUGCCUCCAAAUAUGCAAAACUGGACGUUUCCUUGCCAGUUUCAUUAAUCAACGAUCCAAGACACCCAUACGGUAAGCUAAUUAAGAUCGAUCGUUUAGGUAAUGUCCUUGGUGGUGACGCUGUCAUUUAUUUGAAUGUUGAUAAUGAAACACUGUCCAAGUUGGUCGUCAAGAGAUUACAAAGUAACAAGGCCGUCUUUUUCGGAUCCCACACUCCAAAAUUUAUGGACAAGAAAACUGGUGUCAUGGAUAUCGAACUGUGGAAUUAUCCUGCCAUCGGCUACAACUUAUCUCAGCGAAAGGCAUCGCGUAUAAAGUACCAUGAAAGUUUGAUGACUCAUGCAAUGUUGAUCACUGGUUGUCACGUUGAUGAAACCUCUAACUUGCCAAUUCGUUACCGUGUUGAAAAUUCCUGGGGCAAAGACUCUGGUAAAGAUGGAUUAUACGUGAUGAGUCAAGAAUAUUUCGAGGAAUACUGUUUUCAAAUUGUAGUUGAUAUCAACGAAUUGCCUGAAGAAUUAGCUUUGAAAUUUACCUCGGGUAAAGAAGAACCCAUUAUCUUGCCCAUCUGGGAUCCAAUGGGUGCUUUGGCCAAAUAA